AUGGCUUACAGAAAUGCUGCAGUCAAAGAGAAAGCUGUCAUUCGAAAUUACGAUGGCAUGAAUAUUGGUUAUACAGAAGAAAUACGAUUCAUAGACGGCAGUUGGGAUGAAAGAACUUGUUUAGGUGUAAUGAAAUUUAAUGAUCCAGAGGGUGCAAGACAUUGGCUACAAAGCGAUCAUCCAUUUCGACAACCUGAUUUUCUUGAUCAAGUUGAUAUUUUAAUUGUUCCGCUUCAAAAGAGUGACAUGUCUCAUAAAGGUUAUCCAAUUAUUGAACUAAUGAAUUUACGUAUAAAGAUGAAGGAAGUCUUUGAAAGUAAAUAUUUAAGUGAAAUGAAAUGCUUGAUAAAAGAAUGUGGUGGUUGCCCGUUAAUUGUUCAACACGAUGAUGUAUGGAAAUGGAGAGGUAGCAAAAAUCCCGGAAGUAUUAUUAUCAACCAAUGGCCUGAUUGGGAAUCGUAUCAUAAAUUCUCAACAAAAGAUGAAACAAAGAAACUUGAAGAAUUAAGAAAAACAAUCAGUUCAGGAUAUAAAAUUGUUGCUGAAUUGAUCAUUGAUAUGUGA